AUGAGCUCCCUGGCACAGAAUCUCGAAGAGUUGAAGGGCAAUGUGCACCUCGAGGAGUUCGCCGGCGAUGGCGAGCACGCACUCACCUCGGAGCAAAAGGAGUUCAUCAAGAAGGAAAAACGCGUCGUCCGGAAGCUGGACAUGUACAUCACGCCGGUCAUGCUGCUGCUCAUGCUGAUCAGCUACCUCGACCGUGGCAAUAUCGGUUUCGCCGCGACUCAGGGCAUGACAAAGGACAUCGGGCUCACCGGCAACGAAUUGAAUACCGCGGUUUCGAUCUUCUAUCUCACAUACAUUCUAUCCGAAUUCCCGUCCACAAUGUUUGUCAAGCGCCUCCAAUUCUAUCGAGUCAUCCCUGUCCUCGUCUUCUGCUGGGGCCUUGUGUGCAUGUGCAUGGGCUUCAUCCAGAAUUACGCCGGGUUGAUCGUCUGCCGGCUGCUCUUGGGCACGUUUGAAGGGUGUCUAUUCCCGUCGAUGACGAUGUUCCUGUUGAACUGGUAUCGGCGUGAAGAAGUCGGCCAACGCGUUUGCUACCUUUAUAUUGGUUCGGCUCUGUCUGGAGCUUUUGGCGGGCUGAUCGCUUUUGCCAUCCUGUACAUGGACGGCACAGCUGGGUACCCUGGAUGGCGCUGGCUGUACAUCAUCGAAGGAAUCGUCACCAUCGUCUUUGCCUUUGUGUGCUACUUCCUGAUUCCUCGGUCCUACUCGACCGCCUAUUUCUUCACCGACGAGGACAAAGCCGUGCAGAAGCAGCGGCUGGAGCUCAUGGAAUCAUACAGUGGCGGUGACGGCAAGUAUACCAGGAAAGACGUGAAGAAUGCCUUGCUUGAUAUCAAGACCUGGCUGCACGGAUUCAAUCAGAUUCUCAUGUCGACCAUCAUUUAUGGGUUUGGGACUUUCCUUCCCAUCAUCCUCAAGGACGGGUUCAACUAUUCCACCAAGAAAUCACAGUACUAUGUUAUUCCAGUCCAAAUCGUCGGGGCGGUCUGCUACUUCAUCGCUGCCGUGCUCUCUGAGAGAUUCAAAGCCUACUUUCUGGCCAUGGUGAUUUCGGCGCCCAUUGGCAUGGCCGGCUACGCGAUCCUGCUCACCAAGCAACACGCCAGCGUCUGGUACGGCGCGACCUACAUGAUCGCGUCGUGCUGCUACAUUAUCACCGGCACGAGCAUCGCCUGGCACGGGAUGAACAUCGCGCCGGACGGGAAACGUGCCGCCGCCAUGGGUGUGCACCUGGGACUCGCCAACGUCGGUGGCAUCAUCGCCGGGCAGAUCUACCGCUCGACUUCCGCGCCCCGGUUCCUCCUCGGCCAUGGCUGGAGCUUGGCCUCCAUCGGGCUCGGCUUCGUCUGCUGGUGGAUCCUCUUCUUCAUCUACAGGCAUAGAGAGGCGAAGAAGGCAAGGCUGGUGGCUGAAGGCUAUGUUGUCCCUGAUGGUGAAUGGACCGAUCGGUCUCCUGGCUUCAAGUACCAGCUUUGA